GCUAAAAUCUUAGCCAAAAUAGCGCGAAAAUUGUUUCGGUGUGCGCGUGCGGCGGGGAGCGCAGGUGAGCUCAGUCCGCGCCGCGAUCUCCCACCGGCUGGGAUCCACUCGCGAGACGCCGCGAAAACACCGCACCACCAUUCGUGAAAAAAAUCGAAAAUCGAACUACGACGCCGACGCUAUUAAUUAAAAAAGAAAAGGAAAAUUUAAAAAAAUAUAGCUGUUUUAAAAUAGAAUGUUGGCGCUGGUUUCGCGUUAGGUUAGGCCAGCCGCUGUCAUGUUUAGGGUGUUAGGGUGACGGAGUGAUGUCCCUCGAGAGAUGCGGCCGGUUGUCAUCGCCGCCUGCCUGCUGCUGCUCGCGCCCAUCACCGAUUCCUGGUGGGCGUCUGGCAGUGCAGUGAUCCUGGACGCGCGCAUGGUGUGCAAGAAGAACCGUCGCACGCGCGGCCGACUCGCGCACAUCUGUCGCAACGAAACCGGACUGCUCAAGGAGAUUACUAGGGGCGUCACCCUGGGCGCUACCGAGUGCGCGCACCAGUUCAGAAACAGGCGGUGGAACUGUACCACGCAGCGCCGCAGCAUGAGGAAAAUACUCAUGAGAGACACCAGGGAGACCGGGUUCGUGAAUGCCAUCACAGCGGCGGGGGUGACAUACUCCAUCACGAGAGCCUGUACCGCCGGGUCUCUGCUCGAAUGUUCUUGCGAAAAGGGGAUACCCAAGCCACGUCGCGGGCGUGGAUCAAGUGUCGCGCUCCCCUCUUCCCCGGUCCCGACGGACCGGUGGCAAUGGGGCGGCUGCAGCGACAACGUGCGCUUCGGCCUCAAGAAGUCUAGGGAAUUCAUGGACAGCAGAUACAGGAAGCGGAGCGACAUCAAAACCAUGAUCAAGCUUCACAACCACAACGCUGGGAGGUUGGCAAUAAAAAAUAAUAUGAAAGUGGAGUGUAAAUGUCACGGGCUAUCAGGCUCUUGCACGCUGAGGACAUGCUGGUUAAGGAUGCCGACUUUCAGACAAGUUGGCGACAAACUUCGGGACAAAUUCGAAGGAGCCGCUAAGGUUAUAGCAAGUAACGAUGGUGAUAGCUUUAUGCCUGAAAGUCCAAGCAUAAAGAGACCGGGCAAGAAGGAUAUUAUUUACUCUGAAGAAUCCCCAGAUUUCUGCAGUCUUAAUAUGAAGACUGGAUCUCUAGGCACUUACGGGCGCCAAUGCAAUGUCAGCUCCGCGGGAACCGACGGUUGCGAUCAACUCUGCUGCCGCAGAGGCUACAAACAAACGACGGUCAAAGAGACUGAAAACUGCAAUUGCCAAUUCAAGUGGUGUUGCGAAGUAAUAUGUGAAACUUGUUACGUCAAACGAGACGUACAAACGUGCCUUUAAUGUGAUAAAAGCUGUAUUAAAUGUAAUAAACCAAUAAAUAAAUUUGUAUAUUUAUUAAUAUCAUUAUUUCAUGUUUUUUGUUAAUUUUAUUUUUCUUCCCCUUCGACGUUUCCUAUCUUCGUCAUUAUAGUCUGAAAGCUCAUACAAGGGAUCAAAUCCUUUUAAGGCUUUGAAAUUCGGAAUAUUAUGUGAGAGAGCUUUGUUAUCUCCUUCAACUCCUCUUUCUGAAUUAUCUCUACUUGUCAUCUUAUUUUCUUCCUUUAAAUCCUCCUUACUUUCUUUUUCAACGUUCUUAUUAUUUUCUUCGUCUACAUUUUUCUCCGCUUCUCCCUUUAUUUGCUCCUCAUUCUCUUCUCCUAUGUCCUUAUUGUUUUUUUCUUCUACACCCACAACAUUUUCACCUUCUUCCACAUUUCCACUUUCAUCCUUUAAGUAAUCUGAACCGGUAUACUUUUUAGGCUUAGGUCUAGGUUUGACCUUUUCUUCUGGGUAUGAUUGAAAUUGACUAAAAUUUCUUCCAGGUUUAAAUAAUUUUUUACAUUCGGGAACCUUAAUGGUUUUAGAUUUCUUUCUAGAUAUGUAAUUAUAAAGCAUCCGUAUUUUUAAAACAUCAGUAUAACUAAAUCCUUCGUUUUCUCCGACAGGAAUUUCAUUAGGUUUCUGUAAUUAACAUAUAUUAUACAUUUCUAAAAUGUAAAUCAGAUUUAUUUUAAUUAUUCAAAGGAUCAUUUUAAUUUUACGUUAAUAUGAUGAUUGUUCAUUUCAAAUUGUUUACCUUUGGAGUAAUACUUGCUAGACCAUUUUUUGUAUGCUUGUGGAAGUUAAAAUGACCGGCGCUAUUGAAAUCAUAUUCUAAGUCAUGAAACAGCCAAUCUCUGUUUUGUAACUUUUUAAACAAGUAUUGUUUGUCUGUAAAAACAAAGGAAUGAUGAUGAGCUUACAGAUAACAAUAUUUAUAAAAUCUAUAUUUUGUGUAUUUUUUCUGACACGUGGAAAUGUAAAGUUUAAAUACUGCUAAAUAAGUUUAAUUUUUUUAUUUUUACCUGGUAAUAUAUUUUGCAUUUCUACUUGGAUAUAAGCAUCUCUGUCAGGGGCAUUAUGCUGUGGUGAUACGCCGACUAUUGCUAACACUGCUUCAGACAGUUCUCCUUCUUCGUUCAUGCAGUUAUAGCCAAGAACUACUUUCUAAAAUGAAAACAGUUUGUAGUACUUGACAAAAUAUGUAAAACCAAUAUUAAAGAUGGAGUCAGAAAUGGAUGCGAGGCAAGUAUGAAUACUAUGUUUAAAGAACUGGAUAUAAGCAAGGUGAAUUUUAAAAGCAUUAGUUAUC